GCCAUUCCCUUCUUUCUGCCACAGCCAUCGUUUUUUUUAUGAUUCAGCAAAUCGAAUGUACUUGGCCAUUGUUCUGCAUAAGAUUCGUUCGUCUCUUGGCCACCACAGCCAUGGAAGAUUCACUAUAGCCCCGCAUGUUUUUGUAUUCACCAUCAUGACGGAAACGAACGCAAACUGCGCUCUGCCGCGGAGCGAGGCAUGGUCGAUGGAAUCCUAAUCAUGUCCGUCCUCUCAGAGGGGGUGUGAGGGAUAGUCAUCUUGUCCCUCCCCUUGUGUGCCGCUCGUCCAACGGCGCUGGCGGACUCAGCAGUUGCUGGUGAUUUGCUCUAGUACAAAGAAGGCCAAUCUUCUCUCUCUCUCUCUCUCUCUCUCUCUCUCUCUCUCUCUCUCUCUCUCUCUCUCUCUCUCUCUCUCUCUCUCUCUCUCUCUCUCUUUCUUUUUAUAGUUCGCGUGCUCCCGUUUUUGCCUAUCUUAAUCUUCGGUCCAAGUGUGUCUGUAUAGUAUGCUCUUUCUCAACGGGUACCGUCGUCCUCGGAUCGGGAUCCCGGUCGUCCUCGGGCCGGGAUAGCCAUCGUCCUCAGGUCGGCAUACCUUUCCUGCUCGCAUCGGGAUACCCGUCGUCCUUGGGUCGGGAUACGCGUCGUGGCAAUACCCUCCGGUCGGAGUGAGGGGAGCUGCCACAGAACACGGUAAGCACUGGGAUCGACGUGUCGGUCGGGAUCGCGGCUAGAGUCUUUUUUGCGGCGGGGGAUGAGAUAGUAAGCCGUAGAUUCGGUCGGGUUCGACUUGUUGGCUGUCUGUGGGGACCGGGACAAGUUUGCUUUUGUCGCUGUCUGUUGUGUGAAUUUUCGGUCGAGAUCCAGGUCAGUCUCUUUUCUGGUCGGGAUCUGUCCCUCAGAUUCACAAAGUCAAUCGGGUUUGUGGUUAUCUGUGCCUUUUGCGUGUGUUUCUCCCUCAGAUCCAAUGAUUUGAUUUGGUUUGGCUUGACUUGAUUGGAUUAGAUUGGAUUGGAUUGAUUGAUUGAUCGACGGGGUGAUUUGGUUUGGAUUGACUUGAUUGGAUUGGAUUGGAUUGGAUUGAUUGAUUGAUCGACGGGGUGAUUUGGUUUGGAUUGACUUGAUUGGAUUGGAUUGGAUUGGAAUAAUUGAUUGAUUGAUUGAUUGAUCGACGGGGUGAUUUGGUUUGGAUUGACUUGAUUGGAUUGGAUUGGAUUGGAUUGGAUUGGAUUGAUUGAUUGAUUGAUUGAUUGAUCGACGGGCGAUCUGUUUUUGGCCAUGGCUGCCGGUUGUGAGUUUGAGGAGGAGUGCAGUGCGACUCGUGCUGGCACUCGUCGUCCGGAGUCGGGGUCGGGAUCCCCGGCUGGUUGUCCUUCUUGUCCUAAGUGGGCGGGGGAUUGGAGCGACCCCGCUUGUCCUUCCAGUCCCGACUGGGGGGGCGAUUUAAGUGCGACUGCCGUCUCCGCCACCUCUCGUGCGGACUUGGGUUCAUCGGCGUCGGGAUUGGGAUCGUCAAGCUCGGAACACCUGCUUGUGCCUCCACCUCCUCCUCCUUCUCGUCCUCAUGAGGGAGGAGGAGGAAACGAUUCGUGUGCGCCGCCUGGUCAUGCCCGUUCGGUAUCGGGGUCGGGGCAAGAAUUCGCUGGUUGUUAUCGUUCUUCUUGUCGCGAUCGGGAUGUCAGUUGGAGUGCGAGGACGGCGCCUCCUCGUGCUUCCCUGGCUGCGUGUCUGCCAUCGGAACCGCUGUCGGGGUCGUCGUCGGGAUCGGCUUCGGGAUCGCCGGGGUCCGUAUUAAUCCCCCCCCCUCAGGCUGCUGCUUCUCCUCCUCGCGGUGGAGACGAGGGGUGCGAGAGGUGUGCGCGUGCUUCUCUCUCUCGUCUGGCGGAAGAGUCGGCGGAGUCGGAGUUGGGAUGCCCUCCUUCGCGUCCCGAUUCCGGGCGGGCCGAUCGGAGUCGCGCGCCUCUUCUCCACAUAUCGCCGCCCAGUUUUAGUUCGGAGUCUGGGUCGUCGCGAGGACAUCUCCGCAGCCGCUCCUCUCUUCAAGAGCUGGGGUCGGGAUCCGGAUACCCUCUCGAGUGGAGUGUCAGGACGCGCCCGACCACUCCUCGCACUCCUGCUGCUCGUCCGCAGUCGGAGUCGGGGUCGGCGUCGGGAUUUUCUGCUCCGCCGUCUCGUCCUACCGAUAGGAAGCCGGAGGACCGAAUUGCGUCAGACUCUCGUCCUGGCUGCAGCCCUCCUAUUCCAGAGGCGCCGGCGCGUAGUUCGUCGGGAUCGGGAUCUCACUCUCCUUCUCCUCCUCCUCCUCCUCCUCCUCCACGUUGCAUGGCGACCGAUAUCGAUGACGCUGAGGGUCAACAGACUGCUCCCGUGCAGACUUCCGCCGGCUUAGCCGCCGCCACGUCACCGUCUAACCAUCCCGACCCCGUUGCCUCGUAUCCUCGCACCCCUACUCGUCCAGACACGGGUUCGUCGGGAUUACCACAGCCACCCCCUCACUAUCCUCCUCCUGCUCCUCCUCCUCCUUCUCCUCCUCUCAAUUCUUGUCCGCCUUGGAUAACAGUCGCUCGCGAUAAGCGUAUGACGACUGCUGACGUGUCAACUCCAGAUUCAGACCUUCAAUCCUAUCCUGUUUGCUAGUGGUACCUUGCCCCUGGGAAUCUGGUCCACCGUCUCGUCUAGGAACAAAACUCAAACACGCCU